CAUGGCCUCACAGGCAUUGGGGAUGGCCUUCGUGACGCGGUGCGCUCUGUCCCAUGGAAGCUGCCUCGCGGUUGUCCUCGCGGCGGCGGCAGCGCUCGCCUCUCUGUUCGGCCGUCUAUGCGCGGAGGAGAGCGGCGGGCGGGGCGACUGGCACGUCGCGAGCGUCAGCUCGCUGCGGCCGAGCACGGUCUGCGCGACUGCGGAAGGGCCAUCUAACACGUCGGCUCUCAAGGUCGUGCACCGGCACGGGCCAUGCUCGCCGCCGAAGUCACGCGGCGCCGCGCAGUCUCCCGUCGAGAUCCUGGUCCGUGACCGGGACAGGGCCAAGUCCAUACACCGUAGGAUCACCGGCGCCUCCACCGUCGACGCAAACCGAGGCUCGAAGGGCGUGCACAUGCCGGCGCACUGGGCCACCGCAUCUCUUGGCACCAACAACUACGUCGUCACGGUCGGCCUCGGGACGCCGGCGAGGUACUUCACGCUGGAGUUCGACACCGGCAGCGACCUGUCGUGGGUGCAGUGCACGCCGUGCAAGGACUGCUACGAGCAGCAAGACCCGCUCUUCGACCCGGCCAAGUCGCCGACGUACUCCGCCGUGCCCGGCGGCGCGCGGGAGUGCCGAGAACUCGGCUACUUACGGCGCCGCUCGUCGUCGGGCAACAGGUGCCGGUACGAGGUCGCGUACGCCGACGGCUCGGUGACCGACGGCGACCUCGCGCGCGACACGCUGACGCUGGCGGCGCCGUCCGACACGAUCCCGGGCUUCGUCUUCGGGUGCGGCCGCGAUAACACCGGGCAAUUCGGCACGGAGGACGGGCUCAUCGGCCUCGGCCGCAGGGGCGUGUCCCUGUCCUCGCAGGCGGCGGGCAGGUAUGGCCCUGGGUUUUCCUACUGCCUGCCGUCGCUGUCGAGCGGCACCGGGUACCUGGCACUCGGCGGAGCCGCGCCGGAGAACGCGCAGUUCACGGCGAUGGUGCCCAGCCGCGACCUGCCGUCGCUGUACUUCGUCCGUCUCGUCGGCGUCAAGGUCGCCGGACACCUCACCAUCCUCCCCGACGGCACCUUCGCCGCGCUCUGGUCGGCGUUCGCGCGCCUGAUGAUGGGGAGGUACAGGAGGGCGCCCGGGCUGUCGUUCCUGGACACGUGCUACAACUUCACGGGGCACGACACGCUGCGGGUGCCGUCGGUGGCCCUGGUGUUCGCCGGCGGCGCCACGGUGAACCUCGACGUCAGCGGGGUCCUGGUGAAGCUGGGGUCGGACGAGCCGGGCGUGGCUUGCCUGGGGUUCACGUCCACCGGCGACGACAAGCCCGUCGGCAUCCUCGGGAAUACGCAGCAGAAGACGUUCGCCGUGGUCUACGACGUGGUCAACAGGAGGAUCGGAUUCGGCGCCAAGGGCUGCGCCUGAAUUCUUGCCGUGAUUCCUACACGAUCACCGGCAGUAGUGUGAUGAUUCAGAAAUGGGAAAAAUGGAAAGUGGCUUUGACGUGCCAUGUGUGCAAAAUAUCACCAAUUAGGCGGGCGUGAUCCAUAUAGACCAUUUUGCUCCACUGGCGAUCUAUAUGGAUCAUCGUUUUAGCCGGCGAUCCACUGAAGCACAGAUCCACAUGGAUCAUCAUUUUGGCCGGAACACCUUUUCCUUUAUCUAAAAAAAACAUGGAUCGCCAUUUUAGCCCACGAUCGAUAUGGAAUGUUUCUAUAGGUCACCCUUUCAAGUUGUAAUCUAAAUAAACUAUUUUUAUCAUGGACAAAUCCAUUUCUCUA